CGUCCCUUUCCGGGAGCUUCUCGCGUUUUUCUUCAGAAAUUUCCGUAAGUCUGAAAGUCUUAUAUUUCAACGGACGAAGGGGUGAAUCAAGGUACUGCUCUGCUGCUGCGAAACCAUGAAUCCUGGUGGUUAUACUGUGGAAGUGACCGGCUUAUCUCCUAAAGCAACGGAGAAGAAUGUCUUCGAUUUCUUCGCUUUCUCUGGCGCAAUCGAGCUUGUUGAGAUCGUUAGAUCUGGUGAAGAUGCCUGCACUGCAUAUGUGUCCUUCAAAGAUGCUUAUUCUCAAGAGACUGCUUGCUUGCUGAGUGGUGCUACAAUUGUAGAUCAACGAGUGUACAUCACACGGUGGGGACAUUUUGAUGAUGAGUUUGGUUUUUGGAGUAGGCCUUCCGGUCACCAUGAAGAAGACAGUAGGAGUACUUCGCCACAAAGAAGUCAGUUUGCUUCCAGCGCUGGGAGCGCAGUGACCAUGGCCCAGGAAGUAGUCAAAACCAUGCUGGCCAUGGGCUACGUGCUGGGCAAAGAUGCCUUAAUCAAAGCCAAAGCCUUCGAUGAAUCUCAUCAGGUCUCAGCGACCGCAGCAGCUAAGGUAGCUGAUUUGAGUCAGAGAAUUGGGCUUACUGACAUGAUUGGUGCGGGUUUUGAAGCUGUCAAAACCAUGGAUGAGAAGUACCAUGUAUCUCAGACAACCAAAUCAGCUAUAUCAGCCACCGGAAGAACAGCUGCUGCCGCAGCCGAUACCGUGGUCAGGAGUAGCUACUUUUCCAGGGCAGCUCUUCUCAUGUCUGAUGCCCUGAAUCGAGCGGCCAAAGUUGCAGCUGACUUGGGUAGUCGUGGUCUUGAACAUUAAGGCGUUAGAGAGCACUUGUAGUCAUCUCAUUGUAAAUAACGAAACUUAAAUACGUAGCUUAAAAGUUUGAAAAGUUAUACUGAUACAUGGUAGCUAUAUAUGUAAAUUUUACAUUUCAUAGAGUUCAACCUCACUAGUUAUUUGACCCCCCACGAGUUUGCUAGAUUUUAACCCCAGAUUCGGUUAAAUCCGGUCAGAGAUGGUCUUUAUGUGAGUCGCUGUCAGUUUGUAAAUUCAGUAUCCUUAAGAGUCAAAUCUGUUCUUUUCUUUAGCACUCUCGCAAACGUCUCCCAAAUUGUACUUUUUACAA